CACAUGCUACAACACGUGACAUACAUUUGUCUGGAUUAACAUGAUUAUCAACACAUUAAUAAUGUUAUCACUGAGAAUACACAUUAAAUUAAGUAUUUCUGAUGGUCAUGUGAUGGUGUUUUGCAAACAACAGUAAUAAUUAUAGGUUUAUUUAAUUGAUGCGAUAUUUUAUAACAUUCGGAAGUUAGUAUUUGUUCAUUUUUAAGACAAAAUUGAAGAAAAUAUUGAUUUUUCAUUUGAAAUGUUUGGUUUAACAUAGGCAACUUAAACAACAAAAGUGCAAUUAAGUAUUUUUAAGUUAAAUUACAUGAAAAUCAAUUAUGUGCAUGAAAAUUGUAAAUAAUGAAACUUUAAUCAAAGGAAAAUACUUGAUUUGUUGACGAAAUUGCGCCUGCAUGUCAACGAGAAAGUAGAAAAUUAUUUACGAGCGUAGAUAAUACAAUUUUAGCCGUUUUACUUGAAUUAAUCAAUUAUAAUACUGUUACUUGAAACUAGUACACCUUGUAAUUCCAUGCUAUAAGCUGGAUUUGAUAAUUUUGUAAAAAAAAAGUGUUUAUACUUUGUUUCAAUGCAAAUUGAUAAAAAAUAAAAGUAGUUUUCUAUGUUCUGAAGGUUUAAUGAUAAUAAAUAUUUGAUAAUAUUUUGAUUACUUUAUACGUUCGUUAAGCCCAGAAAGUGACAAUGAAAUUCUGGGUAUAAAUGAAUGCAAUGGUUUGAAUUAUUCACACACAAAAUUGAACUAUAGAACAUAAAGUAACAUAAGUUUAAAAUAUUUGGAAAUAUUUAUAAUGGGAAAUAAUAUUUUUAUUUUAUCAAUAUUUUUAAUUGGAUUAAUUUGUGUGCAAUGUAAACCACAGCGCGAUUGUGAUGAAAGUGAUGAAGAUCAAUGUGACGAAGUGUGUGAGCGAUUAGGAUUCUUAACAGGAGUGACCGAACGUCCUUGUGGUCGUAGAGUCAUUGCUGAAGGAGUUUGUGAAUGCUGUUCACAUUAUCGUGGUUUUGGUGAUGGGGACGAAGACGAAGAUGAGGGUGAACAUGGCGAUGAUGAUUGGGAUGAUAGAGAUGGGGAUGACGAUGAAGACAAUGAAGUAGAUGAACAUGAUGAUGAGCAUGAUGGAGAAGACGAUGAUUAUCAUGAUCAUGAUCAGUUUCAUGAACAUGGGGAUGAUGACGGGGAUGACGAAGAUAGAGACGAUGACGAUGACGAUGAUGACGACGAUGACGAUGAUGAUGACGACGAUGACGACGAUGAUGAUGAUGAUGACGAUGAUGACGAUGAUGAUGACGAUGACGAUGAAGACGAAAAUGAUGACGACGAAGGUCGCAGUUGGUGGGACCAUUUAUUCCAUCAUGGAUAAAUCAUUAUAAAUUUUAUUAAAAUUUUAAAAAUUUUUAAUCAGAUGUAAUGUUGUAAUAUAACUGUUAAAUUAAUAUUUUAUUUGAUCGAUUUGAAUUCAUUGUUUGUUUGUGACACACUCACACAAAAAACCAACAGCAAAUAAACAACUUUUUGCCGCAAAAACAUAUCUAAAAGGUUGUAGAUAAGAAGAAGAAGUUGAUAUGGCAAUUCGACUAUUGUUAUAGUGAUAUUAUUUAAACCGAGAUGUCACUACAGUGACAAUAUUUAUUUAUUUUUGUUCAGAAAUACAUAAAACGUACUCGUAUUUAAUCAGUGCACAACUGGUAUUGUAAUAUCUUGUGACACUUCUUAUCGUAACAAACGAGUAAAACAUGCCCGUAUGUAUUAUUAUACGAUACAAUAGCGCUCCUGCUUGUAAUUAUAAUUAAACAGAAUAUCACGUAUCCACGGAUUUGCAAUAUUUGCUUAAUUACACCUUCUAUAAUAAUAAUAAUAAAAAUAAUAAAAAUAGUAAAAACAUAUGACGCACCUGAAAGUAUUACAAGUAGGUACGAGUAUAUAAACUUAUUAUGAACUCGAGAAAUGCAAUAUUUCUUUAAGUGUAUGAUGUAAAUUGUCAAACGGACAUUGUCCUGUUUCCUUUCUUAAAAAUGACUAAACUCUCCGUAUGCCUAUUUUGGCUAUGCGUACUAUGUGCAGUAGUAAUGAUCGCUCAAAGUAAGAAAUGCACAAUCGAUUGUACGGGAAUAUUUUCGUGUCCGUUUAUUCCGGGUAAUUGCACGCAAACCGGUGGGUCUUUGCAGAGGUAUCCUGAGAGCGCUUGUUGUAAUUCAUGUGUUUAUACUGUUGGGUUGAAUAGUUUCUGUGGUUUCAAUUCAACAAUUCGUUCGUGGCAAAAAUGUGGUUGUAAUUUGAAAUGCACCGAACCACCAGAAACAGGUGGUUAUUGUCGUGCAAAAUAUGAUGACGAUUCUCCUGACGGUGAUUCAUCUGACAAAUAAUCUAAUUUUUUUUUCAAAUUAAUUACGCAAAUAUUUUAUUACAUUUUACCAAAAUAGUUGUUUAUUACCUCCCAAUUAAAAUUUAAUUUCUGAAUUAUCAAAUAAAUGAUAACAAACAAA